AUGACUGAGUCCAUUCUCCAAAGUCCGGUCCUCUGUGUCUCAGAGUCUGUGCGGCUGGUUGGAGGCUCUGGUCUCUGCUCUGGAUCACUGCAGAUCUGGGACCAGUCCUGGACCUCGGUCUGUGAAGGGGCCUUGGACCUGAGGGGAGCAGAGGUGCUGUGCAGGGAGCUGGACUGUGGCGCUCCUUCUUUCCUCCAGGGGGCGCGCUCUCCUGUGGGGCAGACGUUCCACUGUGAAGGCCAUGAGUCUGCUCUGAUGGACUGUCCCCGCUCCAGACCCAAGACCUGCUCCUCUGGACCCAGUGUGAACAUCACCUGCUCAGAGCCUGUCAGGCUGGUGGGAGGGUCCGGUCGCUGUGAUGGGAUCCUGGAGCUCAGACACAGAGGAGACUGGAGACGUGUGAAGACGUCCUUUGACAUCUGGACUCUGAUGGAGACAGCUGCCGCCUGCAGAGACCUGGGCUGUGGCUCUGCAGUGAAGCAGAAGGAGAGAUGGGACUUUCCAAAGAGCCCGGUGUGGGGGGUCUUAUCGUACUGUCUGUGGAGCGCCUCUCUGAGAGAGUGUAUCUCGGAGGAAGACUCCACCUCCUCCAAAGGAGUGGAACUGGUGUGCUCAGACUUACUGAAUCGUCCAAUCCUGUCCCUCGUGGUGACGGUGGGGGUCUCCCAGGUGGAGGUCCAGGUGGAGGUCCAGGCAGUGCGUGUGCAGUUGGGGUCUCAGUUCUUGGUCCAGUGCUCGGUGAAGCCUCAGUUCCCAGGAGGCUCCUUCCAGCUGCUCUCUCCCUCUGGGAACCACACCCUGCCUGCUGUCAAUCACUCUGCCCACUUCCUGUUCAAUCACACUGGCCCCGCCCACAAAGGAAACUACACCUGUGUUUACCACCUACAGGUGUUCAACCACAGCUUCACCUCCGAGAGCGAGAGACUGGAGCUGAGGCUGGGAGCUUUAGACUCAGACCUGAUCAUCAGGGUCCUGAUGAUUCUCCUGCUGAAGCUGCUGUACAUCUUCCCAUUGUACUGCAAGGUCAAAAGAGGCUCUCGACGGACGGACCGACUGUGA